AAAAUCAUUGUCCAGUCCCACCAUGGUUCUGGGACACUUCAACCGAAGACGUCGCUUCAACGGUCCGCUGAAUUCGACAGCAUUGCUGUAGGCAGCCAAGAAGUGACUGCAGCCAGUACGCCCCAAGCGGCCAGUACACCCCGAGCGGCCGGCAAGUUCCGAGCGGCCGGCAAGUUCCGAGCGGCCGGCAAUUCCCGAGCGGCCGACACGUCUCAAGAGGCCGACACAUCCCAGGCGGCCGGCACGUCCCAAGAGGCCGACCCAUCCCAGGCGGCCGGCACGUCCCAAGAGGCCGACACAUCCAAGGCAGCUGACACGUCCCAAGCGGCCGGCACGACCCAUAUAGAUGUGGACAUUCCGGAUGCUGGGAAAACACGCAGCAAAGAGGAGCGUGAAAGCACAUCUCCGGAAUUGACUCCAAAAGUCCUGGCCUCACUAAUUGGCCAAACUGAUUACGGACAGCUGAUUUUAAAAAAUUCUCAGACGCAUCCGCUUUCUAAGCCGGGUCAAGACCUCGUCGUGGAGACGGUAGGUGACUACCACAUCAAGAGUGGUCGACGAUGCCGCGCCGAAUUUCUUGAGGAUUACAGUGAAAUUAUUCUCGCUGUGUUCCCGAAGGAAGUGAAAGAGACGUACUACAUUCCGAGAAUCAAAAAGUCGAAUCCGAAGGGGAAGCUGUUCAGCUUCAUCAACAACAAGACCCAGAAAACAAGGAGCAACAUUAAGCAGGAACUCGCGCGCAUCAGCCCAGCGGAAACUCCAGCCGAAGACCCGCAGGUGGGUGCGGCGAUAUCGUGGCUCGGCAUCAACACUUCACCAUGGGAAACUGUGCUAGCGCAAUGGCGAGCCAGCUUCCCUGCUAGAAAACAUCUGUUGAAGAACAUCAACAAGUCCGACCAAGUUAUCAGCAGCUACCCUCAUCUGCGACUGGAAUAUGGAUAUCAACUUCUCGACGUAGAUUAUCAGCAGCUCGGCCUAGGCAAUCCCGCUGAAGGUACAACAAAGUGGAGUGUGUACAUGAGCCAUUUGAUUUCUUACAUAGCGAAGAACGCACGAGACCCAUCGGCUACAGCUCUAAUCAAAACUCUCAAACAAAGUCAGCACGCGUGUUCCGAUGACACGGCUACAGACACUAUGCUCCCAGUCCUGCUACGUGCGUUGUGUACGGUUCUAGCACCGGUUAAGGCGGCCCAAGGUUUCAAACCAACGAUACCGCUAGCUCAAGAUGAGAUUUUUCAGCUAGCCGGCUCGCGAGAACAAGCUUUAGCCGAUCUACGAAGCCAACCCACAGCUGCGCCGAAAUUCGCUAUCAUCGGAUUGGAUUUACCGGACGUGACCGGCGAAUGCAUAGUUGUGCAUAAAGGCCUCGAAUACCGCUGUACUGAAGUCUCCCGUGGGAUCGACGUAAUCGUGAAGCUUCGUGCAGUACUCGGUUUGCCGUAUCCGGCGGCGACUAAGCUUGUCUGGCUGUUCAUUGAACGAUUUAUUUACGGCCUGAACCCCAUCGGAUCGAGCUAUAUGGCCAUUAACAAGCUCAUUGGAUAUCUGGAGCGCGAGAAAUAAUGCCGAUUCCAUGUUGCGUUGAUGGCUGCUCUAGCAACCUUUUAGAUGCUGACAAACUGUUUGACCACAUAAAUCAAGUCCAUAAACUUCCUGCUGCAUAUAUUUAUCGAUGUUCUUAUCCUACCUGCGUUCAAAAAUUUUCAACAAUCUAUUCGUUCAAAAAGCACGUUAAAACUCACAAAUUCAAUACCCAGCCAGACCAAUCCUGUUCGACCACCGAAUCCCAUGAGCCAGUUCUACCACCCCCGCAAGUAGCUGCUAUUGAAACUGACCAGCAAGACGUCGGCUUCGAUCACGAUGUUAGUAGUUUAAAACAAUCAGCGUUAGAAUUGACA